AUGGAUUCUAAAUAUGGGAACACGCUUGAUUACAACACAGAAAGCGAAAAUAGAUCCGCAGGGUUCGGAGGGCCAAAUAAGAACAAUAAGGAAAAAAUGCCUAUACGAAGAAAAAAAGGACCAAAGUUGGAUGGUACAACAUUAAUGUCAGAAAAGGGAUUUAGAAAAGUACUCUGUGAGGCUCAAAAGUUGAAAUUCGCAACGCCCAACAAGGAUCAGAAGGACCAGGAUAAAGUUACAGAAGAAAAUUUGAAUACGUUGAUUAAAUUUUAUCAGGCAUGGGCCCACGAUUUAUGUCCAAAAAUGAAAUUUCAUGAUUUCAUUCAAAAAGUAGAAGUACUUUGUACGGAAAGAAGAAUUUUGGCUCAUAUUAAUGAUCUGAAAGAUGAAUUUAAAAAAGAAAUAUCGUCUAAAGAAAAUAAUAUGUGA